CCAGGGGCCGAGAGCUGGCUCUGUCCACCUGGCCCGCCAGCAUGCUGCCCCUGCCAGGGGGCACACAGAGGUGCUUCCAGGCCGUUCUCCUCCUGGCCCUGAUCAUGCUUCUGCUGGCCGGCAUCCUGCACAUGGAUGUGGGGCUGCUCACACCCCUGCUCGGGGGCCAGGCCGAGGGGCCGCCCGUCAUCAAUGUCAUGUUCCUCAAGACGCACAAGACGGCCAGCAGCACGGUGCUCAACAUCCUGUUCCGCUUCGCAGAGACACACAACCUGUCCGUGGCGCUGCCCGUGGGCUCGCACUUCCACCUGGGCUACCCCUGGUACUUCCUGGCACGCUACGUGGAGCGCUCAGAGCCCCACGGACCACAGCAGCGUUUCAACAUCAUGUGCAACCACCUGAGGUUCAACCUGCCCGAGGUGCAGAAAGUCAUGCCCAACGACACUUUCUACUUUUCCAUCAUCAGAAACCCCGUCUUCCAGCUGGAGUCCUCCUUCACCUACUACAGGGAUUACGUCCCUGCGUUCAGGGGCGUGGAGAGCCUGGAUGCCUUCCUGGCCUCCCCCUGGACCUACUACAACCGGAGCGCGAGCUUGCACAAUGCCCUGGCCAGGAACAACAUGUGGUUCGACCUGGGCUUCGACAACAAUGGGCAGGAGGACGACGAGGGCUACGUGCGCGCGCGCCUGGCCGACGUGGAGCGGCGCUUCCAGCUGGUGCUCAUCGCGGAGUACUUUGACGAGUCCAUGGUGCUGCUGCGGCACCUGCUGCGCUGGGGGCUGGACGACGUGGUGGCCUUCCGGCUCAACUCGCGGAGCGCGCACAGCGUCGCCGGUGUGACAGUUGAGGGCCAGGCGCGCGCCAAGCGCUGGUGCGCCCUGGAUUGGCGACUCUACCAGCACUUCAACCGCACCUUCUGGGCCCGGGUGCACGCCGAGCUGGGCCCGCGGCGCCUGCGCUCCGAAGUGACACGGCUGCGGGCGCGGCGGCGCGAGCUCAUGGCGCAGUGCCUGCAGGACGGCGUGGCCAAGAACAAGUCGCAGAUCACCGACCCCCAGCUGCGCCCCUUCCAGUCGGGCCAGGCCGACAUCCUGGGCUACAACCUCAGGCAGGGCCUGGACAACCAGACGCAGCGGAUGUGUCAGAGGAUGGUCAUGCCUGAGCUCCAGUACAUGGCCCACUUGUAUGCCCUGCAGUUCCCGGAAAAGGACCCCAAACACAUCCCCUUCCUGGAGUAGAGGAACAGCGCCAGGGACAGGGUCCCCGUCCCAGCCCCCCCCCCCCCCGUCAUCCCUGGGAGACCAAGGCACCAAUUCGUGAGGAGUGGGUUUCCUGGGACAGCUGCUGGUCAGGUUGAAGACCCCUCUGAAGGCACCCACCAGUGAUCCAUCCUCUUGGAGGCACCGUUUUGGUGAGGACCCCACUCUGGGACAGUAGGCACACUUGGUCCGAGGGUGUGGACCUUGUUAGCAGGUAGAAAAGACUUACAAGGUGGGAAAGUCACUGAUAUUAAAUUACAAGUUGACAGACUGCCCCAGGAAAGAGCACACGUGGGCACAUUGACCAUCAGAAGACCUCGAACCCAGGGGGUCCAGAGGGGCUUGGGCAGCAGGGCCGGGAGUCCCCGAAGGAGCCCAGGUGGCUCUCCGAAUGUGCUUGCUGUGGAACAUGGCGCUGGUCACGGAGACCUUGCGGAACACCCACUGGUAGCCCUUGGAAGCUGGUAUGAGGCAGCAAGGAUCUGGAAUGUUUGGCUUCCCAUCUAGGGCUGGAGGAGGCUUCUUCGCAAGAAAGAAUGGCUUUAGGUUGAGAAAUGUUGAAACUGCUUACGAGACAAAUGGUUUAACCAGAGCGCAAGCUGAGGAUUCGUGCCAUAGCUCCCUGUUGGGGUAGCCGCCCUGGAAUGUGCGGCGUCUGACCUGCUAGAGGAGCUCCCAUGGACCUACGGCAGACCCCGUUGUCCUGGAGACCACCUUGGAUGCAGUCCCAGAGGAGGGUGGCUUCCAGGCACCGCUGUUUGUCAAUUGCAGGGGGGGACAGAGGGUCCCCUGCCUAGUAGGACGUGAUCCUGGCUGCCUGGGGGCCCAGAGGUUAGAGUGGGGUGCACACCAGUGCCGUAGACCCUGUGUCCCUUCUGCCCAGUACCCACGGUCUUUCUUCCACGUGAGGGUCCUCAGCCAUGAAGACCCCAGGACCCUGGCCGGGGCACCUGGGGAGGGGCUCCAUGUGUAGGCCUUUGCACGAGUCGCCCGGGCCAGCCUGCCAGCCCAGGGUAAGGGAGACAGGUGGCCGCCUCCGUCCCUGCCAUCACAGAAGGGCGUCUGUUCUGGCACGCUGACCAGGACCACGAGGUUACGGUAGAAGUUCAAGGGUGUUUGCUCUGCCUUUGUGGCUGGCGGGAACAUAGACUGGUUCUGUCUCUUUGGGAGGAAAUUCGGGGUUAUUUAUUACAAUGUAAAGUGUGUGUGUGGUUUGCAAGAGACAGCUCGGAAAACAGCCUGCUCAGGAACUCCAUCCCGGAGGGAGGUUUCAAACGCUGAAGUCGUGUGCAGCCGAUACACGUGGGGAGCACUGAGUCUGCAGAAACUCCCUUUAGGCGGAGGGAUUUCGGGGCUUGGGUGAUGCUGAGGGGAGGUUGGGGGGGGCAGGGGGCUGGGAGGGUCUAUGACGGCCAUGGAGGACGGAAGACACCCAGGAGCCAGCCCUUCUGAUUUGUCAAGAGAAGCUGGAAAUACAGGUUUCUUUGUGAACUCUCCACAUUUAAAAAAAGGCUGGUGUCUUGUUAAAACAUUAAGGGGGUGAGGAGGCGGGUGAAUGGGGGAGGGGAUUAGAGAUACAAACUUUCGGUUUAGGGAUGAACAAGUAAUGAUGGUGGCCGGGGAGAGAAUGUAAUCUGUCACUUUGCAGUGGUCCUGUGUGCGACAGAUGGUGGUGACCACUUGUGGUGGUGGGCGUUUUGUAAUGUACCUAAUUGCUGAGUCACUGUGUUCUAACCUGAAACUAAUAUGACGUCUUAUGUCAACUAUACUUCAAGAGGAAACAAAAACCAAAACAAAACCCACAGAUCUCUUAUUCUGUUUGUAGAGGAAAGGUAACUGUAACAUAGGAAAAACAGCUAGCUCCUGGAUUGAUUGACACGAAAGAUUGUUAAUAGCUUACUUACAAUUUUUUCACCGUAUUGUUGAAAGCUUCUAUGAAUAAAAGUUUUUCAAAUGA